AUGGAGAGAGCAGUGAAGCAAAGAGAUCCCGACCAGUUCAUAAUUAGGUGUUCAAUUGGAGAAGGGAAAGUGGACAAGGCCCUUUGCGAUCUAGGGGCUAGCUUCAACCUCACGCCGCUGAAAUACUACGAAAAGCUCAACAUCCGGCCUCUCAAGACGUCGGAUGUGAUCAUAAGCUUGGCCGACAACACGACAAUCAAGACAAUGGGCAUGAUUGAGGAUGUCUUGGUAAAGGUAGACGAUUUUAUCUUCCUUGCCGACUUCAUCAUACUUGAUAUGAAAAUAGACAAAAAUGUACCUAUAAUCUUAGGCAGAGAUUUUCUAGCCACAUGCAAAGCUCUUAUUGAUGUAGAUAGAGGCGAGAUCACAAUUAGAGACAAUUACAGCCGCUUCACCUACAAGAUUGAGAGUGAAAUGCUUAAGUAUGAAGAGGCGCAACAAGCCAAGAUGGAGCGUGAAUGCAGGGCGGUCAUGAUGACCGACACGUCUAACCCUUUUAGGCCAUUAGAAGGGGAGGAUUCUUGA